AUGAAAACAAAAAAGAAUCAGUUUCAACGAUUUGGAAUUACUGUUGCUGGAGGAAAUGGAUGGGGUCUUAUUAAACCAGUAUUAAAUCAAUUCUCUAUUCCUCAUGGGAUCUUUAUUGAUAGUGAUAAAUCAAUGUAUAUUUCUGAUUGUCAUAAUCAUCGCAUUGUUAAAUGGAAAUUGAAUUCAGAUACUGGUGAAGUCAUUGCAGGUAGAAAUGGAUUUGGAGAUCAAAAUGAUCAAUUGUAUUGGCCAAAAACUAUAAUUUAUGAUAAAGAAAAUAAUUCUUUUAUUAUUUCUGAAUGGGGAAACAACCGAGUAAUUCGAUAUUUUGAUAAUAAUCAAACAAAUCCACAAAUUAUUAUUUCAAAUAUUACUUGUCAUGGUCUGGCAAUCGACAAAAAUGGAUUUCUUUAUGUUUGUGAUUGGAAGAAUCAUGGAGUAAGACGAUGGAAACAAGGAGAUACAGAAGGUGAACUAGUUGCAGGUGGAAAUGGUGAAGGAAAUCAUCUUAAUCAACUUAAUAAUCCUCGUAAUAUUGUUAUUGAUGAAGACUAUUCUCUUUAUAUAUCAGAUACUUCGAAUCAUCGUGUAAUGAAAUGGAAAAAAGAUGCAAAAGAAGGAAUUAUUGUUGCUGGUGGAAAUGGUCAAGGAAAUAGUCUCAAACAACUGUCUUCUCCUUAUGGAGUGAUUGUUGAUCAUUUAGGUCAAAUCUAUGUGGCAGAUUCUCGGAAUAAUCGAGUAAUGCGUUGGUGUGAAGGAGAUGAAGAAGGUGAAAUUGUUGCAGGUGGAAAUGGUGAAGGAAGUGAAUCAAGUCAAUUGAAUUAUCCCAAAGGUUUAUCAUUUGAUGAUGAAGAAAAUCUUUAUGUUGUUGAUUCUUGGAAUCAUCGAAUCCAAAAAUAUGAAAAACUUGAAAUUUAA